AUGAGGUUGAAGCUCAAAACCGCUCGAUCCUCCAAGAAGAUAAGACGGAUUGAAGUAGCAGAUAACGAGAAAUUCACUACAGCCACUGAGCGGAGUUGGACAGAUUGGACAGUUGUAAACCACACCGAAGCUACACCAGAUACGCUAUGGAAUAAGGCUAAACAACUCAUCCAAAAUGCUGUCACGGAGUCUAGUCCGGGAUCAGAAAAGCGCAAACGUCAACACUGGAUGACGGACACUGGACCCUUAAAGCCCGGAUAG